GCUCGUGUUGUGUAGUCUCAGUGUCUUAUAUUCCCAAAUAUGUCACUCAGCAAACAUAGUGGCAUAUAUGCCAAUACCAUUCUACAGCCACCAAAUAUCCUUCAAGCCCCUCUGGCUAGAACUGGCGAAAAGAGGACACAAAAUCACUCUUAUUCAACCCAACGUCAUUGUAGAAAAUAACGAGAAUAUCACUCAUAUAAUUCUAAAUGGAACUUACGAUAUUAUGGAAAAAUAUAAGGUCACAGAUAAAAUGGGAGAAGGUCAACCAAUAAUCAAAGUAUUCUUCACAAUAUUGGAAGGAAUGACCGAAUGUCUUGAGUAUCAACUAUCACAUCCUGGAAUCCAAGAGUUGCUGAGGAGAGAAGAAAAGGUCGAUCUGUUUUUCACGGAGUUUCUUGUAACAUUCGGUUUCUCUCUCGGUCGAAGUCUCAACGCCCCAAUGAUUGGCGUGAUAUCCAUGGACGCCACCAUAGACGGUCAUAUGUUCGCAGGUAACCCAACCCACCCCGUGAUGUACCCAGAUAGGGAUAUGCCUUAUCCCCUGCCACUAACUCUGAAGGAAAGAAUGUUGAACACUCUUUAUUGGUUAGCUGACGAAGCUCUGAAAACUUUUAUUCUGAAACCUCUGCAGGACAGGAUGGUUAGUAAAUACCUAGGUCAGCAGAUUCCCUCGAAGGAUAUUAUCAAGAAUGUCAGUCUCCUGUUCAUAAACGCUAAUCCAUUGUUUAAUGGCGUAAGACCUCUAGGGCCUAAAACUGUCAAUAUUGGGGGAGGAGUUCAUUUGUUGCAACCGCAACCGUUACCUACGGAACUACAGGAGUAUCUAGAUAGUGCUACGAACGGAGUUAUCUAUUUCAGUUUGGGGUCCAUCAUUAGCAGUAAACAACUCUCUAACACCACCAAAGAAGUAAUUUUGAAAACUUUCUCACAGUUGCCAUAUCACAUAUUAUGGAAAUAUGAUAAGGAAGUUGUCAACACACCCAGUAAUCUCAAAAUAAUGAAAUGGAUACCGCAACAGGAUCUCCUCAGACAUAAAAAUAUAAAGCUUUUCAUCACUCAAGGAGGCCUUCAGUCCAUGGAAGAAGCUAUUUUCAAUUACGUGCCCAUGAUUGCCAUACCGUUUUAUGGAGAUCAACAUAACAAUGCAGACAAAAUGGUAGCUAGAGGAUUUGGAUUAAGUCUGGAUCAUGCGAAUUUAGAUGAAAUAACAUUUAAAAGUGGGAUUUUGGAAGUUAUUAACAAUCCAAAGUACCGAGAAAAGACGAAAGAAUUAGCCGAUCUCGUCACGGAUCAACCAAUGAGUGGCUUGGAAAAGGCAGUCUGGUGGACUGAAUAUGUACUGAGACACGGCCAAACGGAUCAUUUUAAGAAUACUUUGCCCGACAUACCGUGGUAUCAGUUUCUACUUUUAGAUGUAAUCUUUUGUAUCCUUGUAAUAACAGUUACAGCGGCAUACGUUUCCUUUAAGCUGUUACAACUUUUAAAAUGGUUGGCAUAUAAAUUGUACGGUAAGCUAACUAGAAAGAUAAAGACGAAAAUUAAUUAGAUAAGAAUAGAUAAAAUAUUUGCAAUUAGCUAAUAAUAUUUAAAAUUAUAUA